AUGUUAACGAAAAGCCAUGUUGUUUUCGUCAUGGUCGUGUGUGUGGCGUCCGUGUCUAGUUGUGGACAGAAAGCGGAGACCCCCGACUGGCGAAUGACGCUUAAAACCAUUCGCAAUGGCAUUCAUAAAAUCGAUACCUAUCUCAACGCGGCUCUCGAGUUGUUCGGCGGCGACGACGGCUUGUGUCGUUACAAGUGCAGUGACGGUUACAAGCCAGCGCCCCGUCCUGGAUAUAAGCCACCGCCGCCCAAUGGAUGCGGGACGCCACUCUUUGGAUUCCAGUUUGACGUCGGCAUUCCGUCCAUGACCAAAUGCUGCAACCAGCACGACCGCUGCUACGACACAUGCGGCCGUGAAAAGCAAGACUGUGAUGAACAAUUCCAGGACUGUCUGGAGACUAUCUGCAUGAACGUGCAACGGACCCUGGGAUUGGCUCACAGUGUCCAAGCGUGCGAGUCUGCAGUGACGCUCCUAUUCGACGCCGUGAUGCACUUGGGAUGCAAACCCUACUUGGACAGCCAACGGGAAUCGUGCGUGUGUCAGUUCGAGGUGAAGAAGGAGUUGUGA